ACCAUUAGGGCGCACAAAAAUCAAACAGAAAUUACGCAGCCAAAAACCAUGGGCGAAGUUGCAGACGAGAAAAAAGGCAUGGCGACGACACCUACGGUGAGCAUGAAGCUGUUGGUGGACACGCAAGCCAAACGAGUCCUGUUCGCGGAGGCCGGCAAAGACUGCAUCGACUUCCUCUUCCAAAUACUGUCUCUGCCGGUGGCCACCGUGAUUGGGCUGCUCAGAGACGAAUCAAUGGCGGGAUCCUGGCCCAACCUCUACAAAAGCUUAAUGGAUCUCAGCGACGGCUACAUACAGCCCAAUCAGAGCAAGGACGCCUUUCUGAAACCGGUGGCGCCGGUCUCCAGUUCCUCGAUGCCGCUUCUGGCUCUUAAUGAUGCACAGAUCCAAAAGAAAUUUUACGAUUGCGAGAAAUGCAACGGUUACUUUACUGAUGACCCACGCGCGGUUUGUCCUGCAUGUAACGAGCUAAUGACCUCGGAUCUGGAGUAUGUCGCUCCUCCCGCCGUGCCAGUGGCGGCGGAAAGCGGCGGUUUGGUGAAGGGGGUGAUAACCUACAUGGUGAUGGAUGAUUUGGAGGUGAAGCCUAUGUCUACCAUCUCCAGCAUAGCUCUGCUCAACAAGUUUAAUGUGAAGGAUGUGGGAGCUUUGGAGGAGAAGGUUGUCACUCUUGGAAUGACUGAGGCUUUGAUGCUGUUGAAGUAUUCUCACCAGAGCAAGAAUGUUCUCACUCAUGUCUUCUGCUAGUUCCGUUCCAGCCAUUUAUUCCACUCUUUCCAUUUUGUGUUUCCUAUCAUUUUGCCGUUGAUCUUCCGUCCAUGAACCUCUCUAUGUUCAAACUAUUGUUCUUAACGUAUUAGUUGAAGUUUCGUAUUUGUGUGA